GGUUAGGGAAGGUUAGGAAAGAACUCUUGAGUGCCCAGCUGAGAGGCACUGUGUGCUGUGGUGAGCCAUUGAAACGUUGACUAGAUUGGGGUAGGAGGAACACUGAGGAAGUUGGUGUGACAUUCCGGCAAAGAGGUGAGGAGGAACUUCGUAUGACAUUCCGGCAAAGAGGUGUACUUUACAGGUCCCCGAUGAACCCAGAGAACCCUCCACCAUAUCCGGGCCCUGGUCCAACGGCCCCAUACCCACCUUAUCCACCACAACCAAUGGGUCCAGGACCUAUGGGGGGACCCUACCCACCUCCUCAAGGGUACCCCUACCAAGGAUACCCACAGUACGGCUGGCAGGGCGGACCUCAGGAGCCUCCUAAAACCACAGUGUAUGUGGUAGAAGACCAAAGAAGAGAUGAGCUUGGACCAUCCACCUGCCUCACAGCCUGCUGGACUGCUCUCUGUUGCUGCUGUCUCUGGGACAUGCUCACCUGACCAACCCAGCCAUCCGGUCCUGCCAGCUCUACCACCACCUCUGAUAGGUGUGCCUGCCCCCGUCUCUUCUGAUUGCUGUAACACAUGACUAGCUCUGCACAGACACCUCUACCUUCAGCACUCUGGGGUUCUAGAUUAGUGGGGGUUGCUGCUGUUUAAUUCUUGGUCUUUUUAAUGUCCAAAAUCCAUUUCUUACUGAUCUUUAAAGAUGUGCUAAAUGACUUUUUUUUUUUGGCCAAAGGCUUAGUGGUGAAAUAUGUAUUUAUAAUUUUAAAUUAUACAUUCAAGGUAGUGGCCAAAUAUAAUACACCAUGGAAUGAUUUCUCUGCUAACACCCUGUAUGUUUCAAUAAAUUUGUCCAAAGCUCAA